UCUGUUUUCUCGAUCAAUGCUUCGCUUGAGAUUUCACAGUAUUUUAUUUGAGUAAAUACAGAGAAAGGUUCUCAGAGAUCUGAAUAUCCCGAAGUUUGACAGUAGCUGUGGCUAUUGACAGUGUCUCGGAGGACACUGGAAGAAAGACGACAAGCAACGUAAAGGCUUUCUGUACGUACAACGAACAGUUUAAAAGGUGUUAACGAAGUUUCUUCGACAAUUUCUUUAUUAUGUCCGGAGGCUUAGGUUGAAAAUUAGAACGACGCUGCCUCGAUAAAUACGUAGAGGCAGAAAGCUGACAAGAACGUAUUACUAAAUAUUUAACGUGACAUUAUGGCGCCAUGAUUUCUGCUCUACAUUCCGCAACUAGGCCAAAAUACAAGAGCCACGAAUGAACGUCCGAUCUAGCAAUCAAUAACGAACGACAGCCAUAAUCCACGACGAUGAUAAUCGUAACGAUUACAUCAAACGAAUGAAAUAUCUUGCAGCGAUUGGAACUGAAAUACAAAACGUGCGGGGACUGUUGAACGAAAAAAUACACGAGCAACGUCUGUUAAAUUGCGGAUGCUGCGUAGAAGCUUUCGAAGAAAAUACACUUUCGCCAACUUUUAUAAAAAUAAACCUCCAGAAGCUUGAACAAAGCUUAAACUGUUAGAAACUUGCUCCAUAACGAGACGCGUUAAAUCGUUCGCUUAGCGUAGAAACAAGAGAGAGGCGCGUAUCAAUGACCAGGUAAUAAACCGCUAAUCAAAUAAGGAAAUCGUAGCCUGUGUUCAUGGAAGUUCAGAAGUUUCGUCGCCAGAGCUAUGAACUUGACAUCCAUAAGAGCGACCUUCCACCCAGCCACGUAACGCCGUAUCGAUUGCUCGUCAGCAGAACGCUGACGUAAACUCCUAACUGCGAUAGUUUAAUUGAAUCUGGAAGGUUGAAGCAUAGAUGACGAGCUAUCAAAUGGCUAAUUAAACAACGAACUCGCGGCUACUCCAUCGAAUCUGCGGCUUGCGAGUUUCGCUUCGCGGAUUCUGUGAACUUGAGGAUCGCAAGGUCGGCCCUGAAGCCACCGCCACAUGAUAUCGUAUCGGAUUGACGCAAAAUCGCUUCUCGCGUCGGAGAGGUGCGAACAAUGGGCCAUAAAAUAGAAAGCUGGCAAUUUGAAUAUAACUUCUUGAAGGAGAAUGAUAAAUGGAAGGCGCUAAAGCGCGUAAGGUGAGGACCAUGUAAGGUGUAAAUAUCGUGUGCAUGUCUGGCGAAGAGCACGUGACAAAGACGCGAAGAAGAAGGUUAAUGUUUGCUCUUGGAAGCGAUGAGGAAUAGCCAUGAAAGAUGAAGCGCAAGGAAAGAAAGAAGCAAAGCAGAAAUACGUCGAUUCGAUCGAAACAACUGCAACCCCCCGGAGUCUCCAUGGACAUGGAAACGUCCUGGGCAGCUCAGGAGAUCAAGUCCAAUCUGAAUAACAUGGCUCGCUUUCAGCAGAAGCAACUGCAGGAGAAGGAGCAGAAGUUGCUGCAGCUUUACGACCAACAACAGCAACGAGCUUAUCAAGUGGUGCAACGAGGCAGCGCCGGCUCCAACAGCUCGAAUCAUGCUACCUCCAUCAGCCAGCACACCGUCACAAAGACCUCGAGCAGCAGCCAUACAACCUCGACCUCGCAAGGUGGAAAGGUGAGGCAGAUGUUCGACGAAAGACGGCAAACGACGGUGAAGGGCAUCGACAGAAGCUACCCACUGGAGCCGCUGGAGAACAAGACGCGGAAACAGACGAACGGAAACGGCGUACAGAAGAACGGAAAUUCAACAGUGAACCGACAGUCGCUGACUGUGAAGCGAGUAGCCAGGGCUGACGUGAACAGCAAUUUGAACGGUGGCAAACCGAUCGUCUCGUAUCACGAGGAAAUCAGUCGAGAAUCGUUCGGUCCGUGCGCGCGCCAGCACCAAGAGGAUGACGAGUUUGGAAACGAGAACCACGUCGCGCAAUAUGCGAAUGGAAACCAUCGAGACGAGACACGUAUGGAGGAAGUUUUGGACGAGGAUAUGAUAGAAAGGAAUCGUAUGAUGGCGAAACUUCAUCUGAUGGAGUACGACGAGACGUUGAAGCAUCGUGUUAAGAACGACCUCGAGAGCGAGGAAUUCCCCGAGGACUUUAUGGUCGAUGUUCCUGACAAGCUUCCAAAACAAAGUGUUACCAGGAAGUUAUCUCAAGCGGAGGUCAGGUUGGAACGCUUUAAAAACGCGAACGCGAGGCGUGGUAACAACGUUACGAAGAACCCAGCCAUUGCCCCGAAGAAACGAUCUGACCCAAUAUUUCCAGCAAAAUCCACUUGCAGCGGCAGCCGAAUGACCAAGACAGCUUCAGACAGAAGGUCGAACGACGGGAAAAAUCCUGCGAGUAGCAAAUCCAGAGGGAAGACAGUGGUCUCUGGAAAUGUGGGGAAAACGGUAUCGUUGGAUUCCGGGAGAAAUAUGGGACGAAGGGACGAAAAUCCACGGUUCUUCUGCGGAGAGUCCGAGAAGUCUGCCACUGCGCACGUCGUUGGUUCGAAAACCGCGAGGAAAUUAUCGCCAGAUUUGUCUGAAGAUAGAAUACGAAGAAGCGGAAGGUCUGCGAUAUUUAACAAAGAGAAAUCUGCUAUUAAAUACCCGAUAGACUCGAAAGCUGCAAGAACAUCGACAUCAGAGUCGCUUAAAGAUAAGACAGGAAAAAGGGAAAGUCGCGAAUUAUUUUCUAAAGAUGCUGGAAAAUCAACCAUAACUUCUGCAACUGGCGCAACAACUGCUAGGAAAUUGUCUUCUGGAGCUUUAAGAGAUGCCAAGGAUGAAGGCGAUCGUGGUAAAUUUAUCGGCGAAGAGUCUGAAACAUCAGCAACGACUUAUGGGAUUCGUCCAAAGUCUGCAGAGAGACCGAUUCGUGAAGUUUACGAAGAUACGAAGGACGUUAAGCGACGAAGUGAAAGUCCGAAAUUCUUCUGCAAAGAGUCUGAAAAAUCAGCAACGACUUACGCGAUCGACUCAAAGACUGCAGAAAAGUAUACUCGCGAAGCUACGAAAGAUACGAGGGGCUUGAAACGACGAAGUGAAAGUCCGAAAUUCUUCUGCAAAGAGUCUGAAAAAUCAGCAACGACUUACGCCAUCGACGGAGAAACAAAUAAAAGAUUCUCUCUCGGAGGUUUAAAAGACGCCAAGAAACGAAGCGACAGUCCAAAACCCAGAACUUACGUGAUCGAGCCAAAGCCUGCAGAGAGACCGAUUCGUGAAGUUUCCGAAGCUACAAAGGACAUUAAGCGACGAAGUGAAAGUCCGAAAUUUUUCUGCAAAGAGUCUGAAAAAUCAGCAACGACUUACACGAUCGACUCAAAGACUGCAGAAAAGUAUACUCGCGAAGCUACGAAAGAUACGAGGGACUUGAAACAACGAAGUGAAAGUCCGAAAUUCUUCUGCAAAGAGUCUGAAAAAUCAGCAACGACUUACGCGAUCAAUGGAGAAAUAAAUAAAAGAUUCUCUCUCGGAGGUUUAAAAGACGUCAAGAAACGAAGCGACAGUCCAAAACCCACAACUUACGCGAUCGAGCCAAAGUCUGCAGAAAGAUUGAUUCGUGAAGUUUCCGAAGAUAUAAAGAAUGUUAAGCAACGAAGUGAAAGUCCGGAAUUUUUCUGCAAAGAGUCUGAAACGUCAGGUAGCACUUAUGCAACUGAUUCAAAACUGGCAGGAAAAUUAGCCCGUGUUUCUUUGAAAGAUAUAAAAGACGUUAAACGACGAAGUGAAAGCCCAAGAUUCUUCUGCAAAGAGUCUGAAAGAUCAGCUACCACUUACGCAAUUGACGCAGGAACAAAUAAAAGAUUUUCUUUCGAAUAUUUAGAAGACUUCAAGCAACGAAGCAAUAGUCCAAAAUCCACAACUUACGCGAUUGACUCCAAACGUGCGGAGAGAUCGAUUCGUGAACCUUCUGAAGACAUAAAAGACGUUAAACGGCGAAGUGAGAGCCCAAGAUUCUUCUGCGAAGGGUCUGAAAGAUCAGCUAAAACUUACGCGAUCGAUCGGAAGGCUGCUAAUUCCUCGAAGACCAGAACACCACGCAGCGAUAGUCCGAAAUUCUUCUGCAAAGAAUCGGAGAAAUCAGCCACCACUUAUGCGAUGGACUCGACAACUCUUCCAACGUCCCCUAAUUAUAUGAAAGACAGUAAGAGCUCCGUAUUAAAAAUCGUAUCAAAGAAUAAAAAGAAUAUGACUAAUAACACGAUAAGAGAAUCCACGAACGACGCCAUGAAGAGACACGCUACAUAUGCCAAACGUGAUACAAUCAGCAAAUCUUCUUCUCCGAAAGGUCCAAAAUAUGACGUGAUAUCUUGCGCGAAACCCAAGUACCAAACUCUACCUAAAUCUACCGAAACCAAGUUACCUGACGUUUUCGAGCGUCUAACGAGAGAACGUAGCUCGAGCCCUCGGUCUUUCUGUCGCGAAGGCAGAAGAUCAGCCACGACGAUGAGCAUCCGCAACAGGGACACCGAGUCCGCCCCUGUAUCUGCAAACAUGGUCCAGGAAAUGAUAAAGAAAGGCAGCAAGAGUCAAAGAGUCGAUUCUGGAAAGCGCGAUGCUCCGAUAAUUCGUGCUAACGAAUCGAAAUCACCAGACUUCGCGAAAGCGUCAUCCAGAAGCUGCAGCGUAAGUCCACAGUACUUCGGCUCGGAUUCUGACAGAUCCGCCAGCAUCCUGAUGGUCACGCCGGAGACUAUAGUGAAAACAAAACCAGAUCUAGCGUGCUGCAAGGAAAGAGAACAAAGUCCUACGUCGUACGUUGCCAAAGGCGAGAAGCUCGUCACGAACGUACCAAGAGAAGCGACAAGAGGAUCGUCGUCAGAAAGCUACGACGAGACGGCGAAACGCUUCAUCAGAAGCUCGGUAUCGCGAUUUUUCUCGGAGCAGUGUGAAGCAGCAGCGAGAAACGUGGAGCCAAGAAAGCUUCAGCUGACAGACGCCAGAACACCGAAUCAGACAAAGUCGCAAUUCGAUGAUGAACAAGCUGAGAAUGACGAGAGAACGAGCGACUCGUCGCCCAGGUCUCGAGAAAUCGUGGAAAGUAGAGAAGAAACGCCGGAAUUCUUGCGUUACGAGACAGAGGAGUCCGCCAUAGCUACGAGCCUUAAGUCCAAAACUUGCACAGACGUCGAGCAACCGCCCAAAGGUGCGCACUCGCUUAAACAAACACUUGCACGUGAAAUGACGGCAAGGCCGAGGAAUCUAUCUAGCAACGUCAAGGACAGAUCCUCUAAGAUUCCUUUAAGCAUCAAGGACGACCACUUGACAGCCGAAAACGCGAAUGCACUUAGCCGUAGAGGGUCCGCCGGUGUUCUACGUUCAACAAAACUGAUUCGCGACGUGCUGCAGCGUCAGAGUGGCCAAGAUCAGGUGGAUUAUGCUCCGCAUGGAGCAUCCAGCGAAUGGGAAGAGCGACCGGAGGCUGACAGGACGCAGGCAGAAGUGAGAGUGGACAGGAAAGUUGAGGAAAGAGCUGGGACGCCGGUUGGUCGCCAACUUGCGGCCGCGGGAUCGGAAAGUUGCAAGUCCGCGGAAGUGGACACGCAGAUCGGAGAAAUCAGGACGCCUGAACGAUACGUAAAACAGGAGCAACUUCGAGGCACUUACUCGAGAUCGAGCAAGGGAACAGCCUGCGAGAAGUCGAGCGUUGGGAAGUUGCUGACGUAUUCCGUGCGCAAGCCAGUUAAACAGAGAGGAUCGUUGCUGGAGUCGAACAUUUUCCAGCAAUCGCUGGGAGAUCGAGAUUCGGCGCAUAAGAAGCCCACUAGCUCCAAACGUACGACGCGAAUUGCGUCUCCGAAGAAGGAGCCUGCAGCUUGUGCUCGUAGCAUUCAGAGUCGAACGAAGGGAAACGCGGCGAAUGGAAAGAACGAAAGCGACAUUUUGAAGACUCGCAGCCGAACAGCGAGUCUGAUCUCAGCAAGCCGCGGAAAAACGAGCUCAGAGAGGGUUGCUGAUAAGUGGAACGUGGACAGAUACGAUGCUUCGAAGCGUAUAACGCGAACGUCCAACGAAUCCACCGCUCGUGGCUCGAAAGGAGCAACUGAUGUGGCAGAUCGAAGCGGAGAAACCAAAAUCUCAAGAACUGGAGCACGAACUGCGAAGAAGCAGAGUAUGGUGGAUGAGAGGAAGAAAGGGAAUACGUCUAAACAGACUGAAGUUUUGAAGUCCAUGCAGCUCGUUCGCAGUGCUACGGGAGGAUCAGACUUUGAGCAGGAAUCACGAAAAAUGGUUGGCGAAUCAGUCGACGGUACAGACGAACAGACUGAAACGAGGAAAAGUUGCUGCCCCUCGACGAUCGAUAUUAGAAGGUCGGAGGCUGGCUUAGCUUCUAUAAAGGAACUUUCCAAGAAUUACGAGAGGACAGACUCGGUGGAAUCGGCUCUCAGACGUUUCGAUUCGAUCGGAACUGAGGCUGAAUCGAUCCGAGGCACGUUGGAACGAAGCGUGGAGUCGAUACCGAAGGAAAUACGAAGGAAAUCUGGCGGAAGCAUUGGCCGCAAGGCUGACUCAAAGACGAUUUCGCCGAAAGCACUUGAUCCAGCGAAUGUAAAUCUUCUCACUAAGAGAACGUGCGCCAGCAAAGCUACGACCGUAUCCAGAAGCUCAAUGGCCGCCGCUAAAGGAAGACAGACUGAGACGCAAGAAACGCAGAGGCAGAAAAAAUUGGAGAAAGCCAGAGACUCGAUAGAGAUCAGCCGAAUUGCCAUAAGAUCGAGAUCGCUGUCGUGCAAGCGGAAGCUUUUCCAGCACACUGACUCCAGCGAGACUGGAAGCGUUGCAUCGAGGUGCAGCAUCGAUUCCUUGAGAACCGUGGAACGUCUCUCGACGACAUCCAAUAAGAAGAAAACGCGCGACUCGGUGAAUACCGUGUCGAAACGCUUCGAAUUCUCUGGCAGCGACGAGACGUCGACGCAGACGAUAGAGAAAACAGAAAUGGAUGAAACGUCAACAGGUGUAGGUCGUUGCUCAUCGACGAAGCAACUGAGGUCGAUCGAGGAUAUUCGUAGGUCGAUGGAAGACGAAAGUUGGGAUCGCGAAACGGGGCAAUCGUCGGCGACGUCGACGAUCGUAGGCAGCGCGGCGAAAGCAGCGAGUCGAUCGGAACCUCGUCGAAUAAAUGUCAAUGAUCGCGCUGGAAAUAGAAAAGAGAUAUGUUCGUCGGGGCGGUCGGUGAACGUUACCGCGAGCAACGACGCUUUAGGGGAUGCGGAGCGUUCGUCUGUAAAAUGUACGAUGCGUUUCUCCAGGGUCGCGAAAAGUCCGAGCCCGGAGACGACCAAGGAAACGGGCAUCCGUGCGAGAAGAAACGUCCCAGCGUCGCCGUCCAAAAGUCCGGACACGGUCGCUAGGCGGGCGUCGAACGAGUUGAAAGGUCAAGACACAAGAUCGACGAAACGGCCAACGACUAUGAAAGGCACAGAGCCAAUUGGAAACAGGAAGACGUUGACGGCGACGAGUACGACUACGAAAAAAUCGGCGGACGUGGUCGAUAGCGCUAUUCUCGAGAAUGGUCUGCAUUUACGAGACCAAACUGCCGAAACGAAAUACGAUAACGACUCGCCCAUGAAGAAAAGCGACGCUCUGGUCGUCGACUUGGACGAGCAACCGCCGAAGGAAAACGACGCGCCACUUCCGCGGAAGCCGCUCUUACGAAAACAGUCCACCGAGAAACAGAUUACUUCCAUGCAAUCAACACGGCCACCAUCUGGUGGUAGCCCCAUGCAAAGUCAGACUUCCGGUUCUAGAAGCAAAAUGGCUUCGAGAGCAAAGACGCCAAUUUCCGGUUCAACAGGAUACAAAGGAUCAGCUUCCAGCAGAACCGGAGGAGCCGCGGCAGCGACAUGUUACAGUGACGCUCUGGUUCCUUGCAAAAUGUGUGGCCGCCGUUUCGCCCAAGAUCGAGUAACCCUUCACGAGCAAAUUUGCGCGAAAACAACUCAAAAAAAGAGGAAACAAUUCGAUACGAUGAUGUAUCGCGUAAAAGGCACCGAUCUCGAACCGUUCGUGAAAAAAGGACUUGUGAAAAAACAGGUGGAGAAAUCGAAGAAGCCGGAGAUAAAGUCGAACUGGCGGCGCAAACACGAGGACUUCAUUAACGCCAUACGCUCGGCCAAACAAGUACAAGCACACCUGGCCGCAGGAGGCAAGCUCAGUGAUUUGCCACCACCGCCGGUUAGCGAUAACUACGAUUACAUUCAGUGUCCCCACUGCGGAAGAAAAUUCAAUAAGGCCGCUGCCGAGCGUCACAUUCCCAAAUGCGAACACAUGUUACACAAUAAGCCGAUACACUCGCGAGCGCCGAAACCAAGACGUUAAUUCUGCCGGAGUCAUUUCUGCUAAACGAUCUUUCUAUAUACGUACAUAGAGGAGAAACAAGAUAGAUAAAAGUGUCUUUAUUUUGAGAAAAAUUAACUUGAAAUAAAAUUUGAAAAGAAAAAAAGGAAACCAGAACGAAAGAUUGUGUGUGAAAAAAUAUAGACACAAUAAUUACGAUAUUUUUAAUAGAACGCAGCUUUCAUGAAGCACCUUGUUUCUAUCUUGUUCGUGCGAUCGAUGCAGUUUUAUACAAGCGUCGCGUUGAUUAUGGAAUACUUAAAAAAUGUUGUAUGAGAUCUUACAUAAAUGGGGAAAAAAUCUCGCAGAAGACCGUCAUCUAUCGGACAUGUGCACGAAACGAAUGUAAAAGCGAUUUGUAUCUACAGCUUGAAAUCUAUGGGUUUCCUCCGUGUAUUUGGGACAAAUGUAUUUUCCGAUUAUACUAAAAUAAAGUACGAAUUUUCUCUACACACUGUAUAUACAUCUGUACGUAGCGAAACGAACGAAUAUGUUUGAUCGUUAUUUUUUCAAAAAAUAUGCAGACAAAAGAUAUGCAGAAAUGAUUAUAUAUAUAUAUAUAUAUAUAUAUAUAUAUAUAUAUAUAUAUAUAUCCUCUGUUUAUUUUGUGAAUUAAAAGAUCAUGUACUAAUAACUAUCUGUUUAAGAGAAAAUUUACGGCAUCCCGUUGUGAAAAUAUAUAACAUAUUUUGGAACGCUUACUUUAUACGUAUUUGUAUCUUUUUAUACAAUAAUAGUAGCCAAAUAUUGUAUGGCUAUUUGUCGCAUUGUAAUCGAUCCUCCCAAAACAAGAAACGUAUUGUGUCCUCAUAUAAUAACCAUAUGUAAUUAGUGAACGUUGUUUAGAAUUGAUGAAUUAAUUAUUAGAAAAAGCCGUUUUGAUUAAUAUUAAAAAUAUUGUGAUUUAUUUUGUAAGUUUUCAUCGAAAUAGAUUGCCACACCGAAUGAGAAAACAUUUUUAUAGCGCUUAAUCUUCUUAAUAAAUGAAAAUAUUGUAACAUUAUUGUUAUAAUGAAUUACUGGGAGCUAAUAAACUAACUUUUUAAUAAAAGAAUAAUAAUGACGCAA